GCAGACGACAGAUGGAGUAAAUUGUUGACAGCCUUACAAACCUGUGGAGUCUCUACCUGUCUACUGUCACCCUUCAAUUUACCAUGGGCUGUAAGACCUAUUAUCAUUCCUUACUCAUCUUGCUGGUAUAUCUCUCAAGAACUAAUGGUCUUGGAGAAGUUAUAUAUGCCGUCAAUGCAGGUGGUGAUGCUCACAUUGAUGUUUAUGGUGUGAGAUAUGAGAAGGAUCCUCUCACGGGUAAAGUAGGCACUGCUUCAGACUUUGGCAAGCAGCUAGUUAUUGGGAGAGUACCACCAGGUGAUCAGGUGCUGUAUCAGACUGAGAGAUAUCACCACUCAACAUUUGGUUAUGAAAUCCCCCUCAAAGGUGAUGGAGACUAUGUUCUUGUUCUUAAAUUCUCGGAAGUCUACUUCAACGCACCAGACCAGAAGGUUUUUGAUGUUGCAAUGAAUGGUGACAUGACAGUGGUUCCAGCGCUAGACAUCUUUGGGAGAGUGGGUCGGGGGGUGGCGCAUGAUGAGUAUGUACCCUUUACGGUCGCUUCUAAUACACUCAUAGUUGGAGGCCAAGAAAGUCCUCUCAGGAGUAAUAGAGUCAAGGUUGACUUUGUAAAGGGUUACAAAGACAAUCCAAAAGUUAAUGCAAUAUUUGUAAUCAAGGGAAGAUUAGAUGAUGUUCCGAAGCUGCCGCCAUUACCCAGAGAAGAAGACCUUGACAGUGAUAUAGAAGAACCCAGGCCAAGUGCAAACCUGCAAAACAAUAACAACCAGAAUAACAAACAGUCACAGACCACGAAGCGUCGUCCCAGUGGACCCCGUACUCCCGACCCCUACGCCUUAGAUGACACUAGCUCCAUGCUCCCAGUUUUUGUUGCCAUUGGGGCAGCUAUACCCAUUCUCUUUUGCCUCUGUAAACUGUGAUGAAUAUAUUUUCUUCAAAUUUUCCAAAGCUAAGUGAAAUAUUGUGUUGAUUUUUGAAAAACUUCUUUUGUAUCCCAAUACCUCUCUGUUAAAGAAUAUUUAUUGGGAAGGUAUUCAUCAGUAUUCAAAUGGUAAUGGUGCAAAAUUAUUUUGCGUUGUCAAAUGAUUGUGUUCCGAGAUGCUUAACGAUCAGAAUGGCCAAAUGGAUGACAGUAUUAGAAAAAUGGUGAGUAUUAAACAUUUUUUAAUCUUAAAAGGUAAGGAUUGAUUUGGUGCUUUGAAUUUUCCUUUUUAGGCAUAAUGGAGAUUAUUAACGAUGACAUUUGCAGUGUUGGGGGAUCCACAGCAACCGGGAGUAGGUAGGGAUACCAUGCCAUUAUUUUGCUGGAAUAGGUAGGGAUACCAUGCCAUUAUUUUGCUGGAAUAGGUAGGGAUACCAUGCCAUUAUUUUGCUAGUCUUUGUGGUGCUCACAGACAUCUACUGGUACCGGGAAACUUGUGGGCCUCCCGUGUUUUAUUUUUUCUUAUCAUAAGUGAUAAAUUAACCAAAGAUUGCUUUGUUCUUAGAACAAAGGCUUUGAAGUCUUUCUUGGGAUCCAAGUUGUGUGGUAUGUACACAUCUUAGCUUUUAUUGUGAGAGGUAAUGGAGAAUAUAAUUAAUGUUUUUAUCACCCUUCCAGGAGUGCAUUUAUUCUUAACACGUUUAGGUAAUUAAUUGUGUUUUCUCCCUAAACACUAAGAAGAAAUGCAACCAUUAAGUUAGAUGUGAUCAUACAUACAACCCUUCACCUUCACUUCUAUAGUGUGGGUACAAAAGGGUACUGUACUGUAUUAGUUCAUUGAAGGUGGCACAAACAUAAGGAUGAUAUUUGCAUGUACAGUAUUUUUGUACAACUUAUUCAUUCCUUCUGUCCAGGUUUCCAGUAGAGAAUGAGAUAAGCUGUAAAGUAUUGCUGAGUUAUAUUGCGUCCAUUUCUUAAGAUAAGUGAUUUGCUGGUUGAUGAGGAAACCUUGGAUUAGAUGUGAAUUUGCUUAAUAAAUAUUUGACUUCGAAGUUUUCCAAAAUAGUCUUAGUUACGUAUUCUGAUUUACAAUUUUGUUACUUCAGCUUAUUUGAUAUUUAUAGAUUAAUUUUCAUGCAUUUAUUUACUUUUUGCUAAUUUGUUUUUCUCUGCACGUUUUAUUUUGUGGAAUAGCGAGUUUAUGGUAAGAGAAGGGUGAUGAGGGCUUUGUUGACACAUUCUUUGGCAUUGUUGCAAACAUACUACUACAUAGAGCAACUUGAAGUAAUUGUUUUCCAGGCUAUACCUGUAUGGCUUGUCCAGAGUGGUCCUUAAACUAAUGAAAUACACACCAGUUGCCUGGGUAGUGGUGUACAACACUUGGCUUUACCAUUUGUACCGUUAACCCUGCGGCACUAUGGCAGGAAUUUAGAUAUCUUUGUAUAUCUCAUCUGCCUUACAAACAGGUUACUGUAAAGUUUAAAGUUACAUUUUCUGUUGUAUAUCUUAGUUUUGGUUGAAGAAUGUGUAUAACCUGGCUAUGUUCUUGUUAGCACACUGGCUAAUUGGCAAAUGUCUGAGUGUCAUACAAUAUUCAGUAAACCCCUUUCAUUUUUGGAAGCUUAUUAUUUUUUAUUUAAUAUUUGUGACGGGAAAUAUUUUCCAUUGUACUAUAUUGUAUAUUUUUAAAAAUGUUGGUGGGUGUUAUUCUUAAGUUUAUAUCAUUCAUGAAUGAAAUAGUGAUUACUGGUACAGUAUUGGGGUGUUGUAUGCUGAGCACUGUGUUGCUGAACAAUAACCUACUGAAUAUCUUGUAAGGGACUGAUCUCGUUGUUCCUUGACAAUCCUUUUACUAGCAAAAAGUAUUUGAAUUAUGACUUGUGAUACAUAGUAUUGUAGAUAUCUUAGUGUUCUUUCAGCAUAGAUCACUGUCAUGUCUUCAGACAUCUUUUAUGAUGUUGGUUAACACAUGAGGUUCAUGUUUUAAGUGCAACACCAAAUGUAGUAAGAUAUCUACUGAGUAUACACAUAUCUGGCCCUCUAUCUCAGUUACCUUCUCCCUUUUUUAUUUUGAAAUAUUUCUUUAUGCAUAAAACUAAAGAAUGCAUUGUUUUUAACUUAAGGCAUGACAGUGCCAGGUAACAAAAGUGCAUCUUGUGUGUAAAUGAUUUGUAAAUUACUGACAAGGGUACUUAAAUACAACCAUGGAAACUGACUAAUGUGUGCCAUACACCAAUACAGUACUUAUGUUGUACUGAAAUGAAAACAAAAAUUUUAGUCAUGGGGGUCUGUUUAUAAACAUUAAGCUCCUGUUUGUACAUAAGGAAAAGAUGGUUUAUUAUAGAGAACAUGUUACUCUGUUUUAUUUUGACCAGGGUGAAUCGAUAAACCCUAUACUGUACUGGGUGGUUACUUCUGGUGGCUUAUCUUAGGUAGAUAAACUAAGCAGAUCUCUUUGUUACACACUUAAAUGGUUCAAAUAAUUCUAUGGUUAUUUAGUUAAUGAAAUUUUAAGCUUAAGAGAUGAACAUGUUCACAGAAUGUAUGUAUAAAGUGAGGAGAUAAGUGUGCACACCUUCAGAUAGUGUCAUGGUUCCAUUUACCUAAUACUGUACUGUAAUGUAAAGUUGAGUAUUUUAAAGACUUUGAGUAUUAUAGUGACAGUAUUAUCUAGUAGAGAGUUUCCAUUAGUUUAUCUUCCUUUUAUCCUCACCUCCCUUAUAAAUUCCUGUACAUUAUGGGUCUGGAGUUUUCAUUCAUAUUUCUCAUCACGUUUAACAUCCUCACACAAUUUUUCACUGGCUAAAGUACACUUGGUGCCUCUUUAACUCUCACUUUCGUCCUGAUGUAUCUAAUGAUAAAGAUGUUUAAUCCCAUUUGCUCUUUUUAUUCAAUAUGCUUUUUCUCCCACCAUGUUGUCUCAUACUAACAGUUUGUGGUGUUUUGAAAAUUGUAUGUAACCCAAGCAUUAGAGAUGGCCAUAAAACAUUGAGGGUUA